AUGAACCGGGGGAACAACUACCGACAGUCUUUACCGGGUUCUACGACGAGCUCGAUGACGCCAGCGACACCGGCGACACGCAAGAGAAAGCGCGGACCGCUGGACACGACGCCCUCGUCUGAGGUCAGGUUCCACGAGGAAGACGAAGUUGACGGCUUUACUGGACAGAUUAAAAGCGUUAUUGUCAUCGACGACGAUACUCCAGAGCCUCCUCCCUCACUCCCAGCGAGCAGCCUCCCGCUUUCGAAUGGGCAUAAUGCCAAUGGCCUCUUGCCCGCCAGACCGCUGAGAACACGCGCUCAAGUUGCUGCUGCUCAUGCUGCAACGGUCACUGCGCCAGUUGCAGCCGCUCCUCCUCCUCCAAAACGACGACGGCGCGAUCAACCUCAACAACCGCCAUCGUCCACGACAUCCUCAACGAGAAAACCUUUUCCCCAGAUUACCAACAAACCGUGGCCGAGCACCAGUACAGAUGUCUCUGCCGUCUCAUCCCAGGCUUCAAAGGCCGCUCCAUCCUGCGACGACAAGGAUGGUCAUUACAUUGUAAAUCAGGACGAUAUUAUUGGCAAGCGAUACCGCCUCGUCAAGCUCCUUGGCCAGGGCACAUUUGGUAAAGUCGUCGAGGCUGUCGACUCGACUAUGAACCGAAGAGUCGCUAUCAAGAUCAUUCGGGCCAUUCCCAAGUACAGAGAGGCGUCGACGAUCGAGAUUCGCGUUUUGCGAUUGCUCAAGGAGCGCGACCCGCACAAUAUCCACAAAUGCAUCCAUCUCAUCGAAACGUUUGACCACCGGAAUCAUGUCUGCAUCGUCACAGAACUCUUGGGCAUGUGUGUCUAUGAUUUCCUCAAAGAAAACGACUUCCGGCCGUUUCCCCGAGCUCAAAUUCAGCAAUUUGCCCGGCAAUUGUUAUCGAGCGUUGCUUUCUUGCAUGACCUCCAGUUAAUACACACCGAUCUCAAGCCCGAAAAUAUCCUUUUGGUCAACAGUGCCUCUCGUGUGGUCACAGAGGUUGCAACUGCACCUGGUCGGAGACCACAAACAAUUCACCGAAAAAUUCUAUAUGACUGUGAUAUACGCCUGAUCGACUUUGGAAGCGCAACGUUUGAGCGCGAAUACCAUUCCACUGUCGUCAGCACACGCCAUUACCGCGCACCAGAAAUCAUUCUUGGUCUGGGCUGGUCAUACCCAUGCGACGCCUUUUCCCUCGGCUGCAUCUUUGUCGAGUUUUACACUGGCGUUGCACUCUACCAGACUCACGACAAUUUGGAACACUUGGCGAUGAUGGAAAUGGUCAUGGGCCGCAUGCCUGAACGUUUUGCCCGCAAAGGCGCUGCUAGUAAAGCCGAAUGGUUCAAAGAUGGGGCUCGACUAGACUGGCCAAAGCCCAAGGUGACCAACAAGCAGAGUCGCAAGGAUGUCAAGUCGCAAAAGGCUCUUCAAGACAUCAUUCGGCCACAGGACCAGUUUAACCGUCACUUUCUCGAUCUCGUUCGACAACUGCUCGAAUUCGAUCCAGCACUCCGAAUAAAAGUUCGAAAGGCUCUCGAACACUCUUAUUUUGCGAUUGGGGUUCCCCUCGAGCCUGCUCUUUAA